AUGCAGAAAAUACAAGACUUCUUUGAAAAGAACGAUCUCACAUGGGACAUUGUUGGUUCAAUCUGUACUGAUGGAGCUCCAGCCAUGAUGGGAGUGAGAUCAGGCUUCACUGCACUUGUGAAGCAAAAGGCACCCCAUGUGAUAACAACACAUUGUGUUCUUCACAGACAUGCAUUAGCUGCAAAAACUCUUCCUGAAAGUCUGAAAAUUGUUUUGCAGAAAGUUGUUGAGGCUGUUAACUUCAUUCGGGCCCGAUCUUUGAAUCACCGUUUGUUCAAAGCUUUUUGUGAUGAGAUGGGCUCUGAGCAUUCCAACACUUGA